CUCGAAUCAUUAGAUGUGGCGUUUGCUGAGCUAGCUGACUCCUUCAGCGACUUUCACGCCAACAUGCAGCAGGUUGUUGAGCUCGGUCAGGGUGUUUCGCGCUUUAACGAGAGCUUCGCGAGUUUCCUCUAUGGUCUCAGCGUCAAUGCGUUCUGUGUUGAUUUCCCAGAGGCACCAGUGGCAGAAUCAUUCAAGCGUGCCGCUGAACGUCAAGCGUCGUCCUGGCAGCCAGAGUACAAGACUGCCACCAAUAAAGGCGGCAGCGGUGCUGAUAACACUUUCAUGACUACAGACGACUCUUUUGUUGAGCGGCCG